CGUUGCCAUUAUCGGCUCGCGCGUUGCUAUCCCGUCUCGGCCACCGUCGCCACCAGCACCACCAUCAGCACCACCACCACCACUACUGCUGCCACUACUGCCACACCAACAGUUGUCGUUAACUCGCUCCACUUGCCCACCCCGAUCGAUCGCCGCGUGUUAACAGCAGCAGCAACAACAACAACAAACUACCACCGUCUUAAUAAUAAUCAUCAUUUAGAUUCAAAUCGCUGUCGGGAAGGCGGGGAGGGAUGGGCUUGGUGGAGGCCGCGCGGUGAGCAGUUGUGACGAGUUCCCACCCAGCGGAGGAUCGACUUAGCGCCCUUGAAUUGCCGAGGACGUUCGCCAAAUGGUCAUUUGCUCGCUCGCGAAUGCUCCGUGAAGCCACUGCCAUCGAAGGGUGCCUGGUGGCAUCACGACCAGCCGGAAUAGCGGUAAUUGUUGCUGCUGCUGCAGUAUCAUCGUCUGAAACACUCAAGAGCAACAGCUCCAGCGGCUGACACGGGGAGGCAGGGCCGGAGGUGGUUCCAUCGCCACCCACACCGCUUUGCCGAUUGGCUUGCGUGGUUUUAGCUCGAAGCCGCUUUUCAAUCUUUGGAGCCCGACACCGGCGGAGGAAUGUUUGGCUCCAAUAACUUCAUGAACAUGUCGGACCCCAGCUUUCUAUCCACCACAGAGACGUUCCACACUCCGAGCCUGGGCGACGAGGACCUGGAGAUUCCCCCCAUGUCGGCGCUGGGCGACCCCUCCGAGGAGCUCGGCCUUCCCGGGGUGGACCCCUCCGCCGUGGACGGCGGAGGGGUCGUCGUCCAGGCCUUCGGGGGCUCUUUGCAGCCCGUGGCCGGCGGGGGCGUCCCCGACAUCGGCAGGACGGCGAUCGGUGGCCAUCCUGGCAGCGGUGCCGGCGGCGUCAUCGGCGGAGACUUCUCGCCGCACUUCCCGCCGGCGCAGGGCCUCGAGCUGCCGAGCCUAGCCAUCGCGGGCGGCCUCCUGUCGGCCGAGCCGGCCCUGCUGGAGGCCACACUGGACAUGGACACAUCCCCGUACGUCCACGCACACAGUCCCCACAUGAGCAUGGCGGGACUCAUACAUCAGCCGCCACAGCUGCAGCUGCAACAGCACCAGCAGCAGCAACAACAGCAUCAACAACAGCAUCAGCAGCAGCCGCAGAGGACCACCCUGCAGCUCCGCUCGCACUCCUUGGCGGGCUCCCACGGGGGGCUGAGUGGGCCGCUUGGGAGCAUGGGCAUCCCGCACGGUCAGCUGACCACCAUUGACCAAUCGCACCUGGGCCUGGGCCACGGCUCGCCGUCGCCACCCAGCAGCAAGUCGCCCACGCCGUCACCGUGCAGCUCGCUGGAGCCCGCCGAGGACCCCGAAGAGGCUGCCCGCGUGGCGCUGGAGAAGAGGCAGCUCGUAGAGCUGCAGCGCAAAGUGAAGCCCAGCAAGCGUAAGAAGAAGAAGGACCCCAACGAGCCCCUGAAACCGCUGUCCGCGUACGCCCUCUUCUUCCGAGACACGCAGGCGGCCAUCAAGGGCCAGAAUGCGAGUGCCACGUUUGGUGAGGUCUCCAAGAUCGUGGCCUCCAUGUGGGACAGCCUCGGGGAGGAGCAGAAACAGGUUUACAAGCGGAAGGCGGAGGCCGCCAAGAAGGACUACCUGAAGGCCCUCGCAGCAUACAAGGACGGCCUCCUGCCUCAGGCCGCCCUGGACCCGACGGACGGCGAGCUUCUCUCCGCGCUGCAGAAAUCCCCCGGCGCCCCUCCGGCCCACAUCGUGCUGGCGCCGGCGGCCACGCCGAUGCCGCCGCCGCUGCAGCCUAUGCCGCAGGUGAUGAUGCGGCCCGUCGUCGCGACUCACGCCAACGCCUCCGGGGGCGGCGGGGGCGCCGGCGCCGGCGUCAUGAUGGCCGGGGCGGGUCCGGCGGGGACCGGCGGGCGGGCGGUCGGGACCUCGUCGGUGUCCGCCAUGGGGAUGCCCCCUCCGCCGCCGCUCAUGAGCGCCCCGCACUACCACCAGCGGCUCGCCGCCCAGCAACAGCAGCAGCAGCAGCAGCAACAGCAGCAGAUGCUGAUGGAGCAGCAGAUAGUUCUGCAGGGCCCCAUGAACCAGCGGCCUCCCUUGGUGGUGCAGCAGCAGCACCAGCAGAUCCACGUGCACUCGCUCGUGAGCGACGACCUGCAGACGGUGCAGGUGACGCCCCUGGUCAGCGACAGUGACGUGGUAAUGGUGAGCGAGCCGAUGGAGGUGCAGAGCGCCGGCGAGGAGCAGGCGGGCGCCGACGGCGGCAUCGGCGGCGCCGGCGUCGACGAGGUGGAGGAGCCGGAGGGCGGGGUGGCGGCGGGCGCCGACGACUCGGCCGCCUCGGCGGAUGACGCGAUGCAGAUCGAGCCCAUGGAGGGCGGCGGCGCCGUGGUGCAGCGCAUGGUGGAGGUGGCGCAGCAGCCUCUGCCGCUAACGCCGGCGGCCGCUGGUCGCGCCGCCACCGAGGCGCCGGUGACCGUGGUGCAGCAGGUGGUGCAGCAGAUGGCGCAGCAGGUGCUGGUGCAGGCGGUGGCGCCCGCCUCCCCGCCCGCCGCCGCCGGCACGGAGAAGUCGCCGGCGCGCGUGGAGUGUCUGCCGGCGCCCUCUCCGCCGCACGCGGUGGUGACGGUGACGGCGGAGGCGGCGGUGUCGCGGUGCGUGCGCACGGGCUGCAACAACCCGUCGGUGGAGAGCGUCGACUGGGACAACGAGUACUGUAGCAGCGAGUGCGUGGUCAGCCACUGCAGGGACGUGUUCAUGGCGUGGGUGGCGGCACGGACCCAGGCCACGACGGCGACGGUCAAGUGACCUCCGGCGGGCCCCCGCCCAGCUCCACGCAACCGGGGGGGGGGUGGGGGAGGGGAGCGACAGUGUGACGCCCGCGAAUCGCGUCGCGCGAUAAAUCACGGCAAACGAUGGCGACGCCAAACAAUAAUCACGUGAUGGUGGUGGUCGGGGGAGGGGCGGCAAGGCCAGGUCUUCAUUUGAACUGGAAAACAUUUCUGCACCCGGCGCACAACAGCACACAGUACCGUAAUACCUCUCUUGUCGUCGUAGCCCCUGCAUCUGGGCACCACUCCAGCCCAUGGGGCCAACCCACCGGUGCAGUUGCAUCGCCUGCACACACUCGACGAUGGAUGACUACGUCGACGAACUGAACGCGGCGGCGGUGGCGAGGCCUCUCGGGCCGUCGUUAGCGUGCGGAUGUCAUCGGCGGUUGCG